AUGCUUAGUCCGAUUCCUGUGCAACAUGAGGUCGUUGGUGCCGAGUACGCCUUUCUGAACUCGUCGGUUCAGAAGGACUCUGCGGUCUACGAUAGUCUUCGUGUGCAGCUAAGUCGACACCUUCCAAGAAUGAUCCCCAGAAUUAGAGACGAAUUGGCUGCAUCGAUAGACAGUACGUUUGGAUUGGAUACAGAGUGGAGUGAAGUUUGCAUCUACACUCUUGUACGGGGAGUGACUGUUCGCAACUCACAAUCACUAUGCACCGAUGACGAGCUCGUUGAGAACCUGUCCAAGUUCUCGACCAGUGUCAUACCCAGUGCAAUCGCUCUAUCGUUGUUUCCCCCACUCCUCAAACCCUUCACUUCCCGACUCACAUCGAUCUUCAACCACAUCUACAUGAGAAGAGCCCUGAAGAUCCUCAGUCCACACAUAGAGAGGAGAAUCAUCGCCGUCGAAAACGGACUUUUAAAGGACCUCCCACAAGACGAUGUGCUUAAUUGGCAUAUCCACGAAGCACUACGCAAAAAAGAACCUCGCUUUGAGAUGGCCGACGUCAUUGCUUGUCGCGUAUUUGCCACAGUGUUUGCAGCACUGGAAUCAACAACACUGACGAUGACAUAUGCUCUCUUCAACGUUUGCGCAAGCAAUCCUUCCACGCAGGUUUGGCAAGCUUUGGAGGAGGAAGCGCUUGCUGUUUUCCCCACAAACCUGGAUGAAACAAGUUUGAAUGUCCUGUAUGUUGCGGACAGCGUUAUCAAGGAAACACUUCGGCUUAAUACUGCGAUCAAAGCACUUUCAGUGGAGGUCAUGCACGAAGAUGGUCCGAAGAUCAAGGAUCGUAUGAUCCAUCUCCCUCAAGGCGCCCGCGUGAGUAUCUCUGCUUGGGGAAUCCAUCAUGACCAGGACAUUUAUCCUAAUGCAUACGCAUUCGACCCAUUUCGAUUCGUACCGUUACACAACGGUGAGGGCAUUCAGGACACGAAUUCUCUCGUAACACCUUCAGAAAUUUACGUUCCGUUUGGGCUUGGGAAGCAUUCUUGUCCCGGGCGACAGUUUGCGGCUGUUGUUACGAAGGUGUUUGUUGCAUAUUUGGCGGUGAAUUAUGAUUUAGAGGAAGUCCAUGAGAAGCCUCGUUUCCUAAGUUUGGGACAUCUCCCUGUACCUCCUGUGAGGGCAAAGCUGAGAGUCCGAAGGAAACCAAGUGAGUAG